CAGACAUACUAUCAAUUAGAGCGCCUUCAGCAGCGUCGCGCCAUCACUCACGGUCAAGUCCCCCGGCCCCGCUUCCACGAAGCACGCGCCCACGACGCCGUCCUCCACGACGCAGGCGUAGCGGUUCGACCGGACCCCCGGCCCGAGGGCAUCAGCAGUGCAGUCGCGCGUCUCGGAAACAGCCCGCGUGAAGGACUCGUCGGCGUCGGCGUAGAAGGAGAUGCCCUUCGUCUGCAUCGCUUUGGCCCAGCCGUUCAUGCAGUAGGGGUCGUUUAUAGCGAGACAUACUACUUCAUCGACGCCCUUCUGUUGAAAUUCAUUGACGAGUUUCGCGAACGAGGGCACGUGCCCCUUCUCGCACACUCCGGUAAAGGCGCCGGGCAGCGCGAACAGCACCACUUUCCGCCCUUGGAACAGUUGCUGGAGGGACGUGCCGGCGAAGCCUGCGCGCGGCGCGUGUCGGCCGCGUCGGCGAAGCCUAAGCGCGGCGUGUGUGUCGGCCGCGUCGACGACGGCGCUCCACGCGCUCCGUGCUCUCGGCGCGCGCGUCCGGCGGGACUCCGUCGUAACUCGACUGAAAAAAGCUGCGACGGCGGCGACGGCGCAUUUCCGGACGCCGCGCACACACCGUCGGCCUCGGCGGCGUCCCAGGUGCGGGCCGGCUGGAGGUCCGAGGUCGACAGCUGCAGCAAAUUUUGACCUGAGGCGAUGCCGCGGCGCGGCGCAACGCUGCUCGCGGGUCGCGCGCGUCGUAGUGCAGUGCGGAGCAUGCUUUUUGCGAUGUGUGGGCGUCUGGCAGGCCGUUUGCAGGCCGAAUUGCCCUGACUGAUGAUCUGUUCGAGAUUGGUGACACAAGUUUAGAUUGACGUCGAGCGGAGGCGUCCUCGCUACCCCGUCGGCGGCGACGGGAGCCGUGGCGCGACCGAGCUGGGGCUAGCUUGCUCGCAUUCUGGCCCGCUAUUGCCGCGCGCACCGCGGGGCCGCGACGCGGCCUCGAGGCGUCGCCGGGGCUGCCCCAACCAUCUAACGACACAGGCCCGGCGGCACAGUGGCUCGCACGCGACCGGCCGCAUUCCCCCACCCAACGUUCCUGGGAAAAGGGCUCGAUCAGAGGUGUCCGGCCUUCGCCCCUAAGAACACGCCCGCAGCGCACGCAGACGCGCCCCCGUAAUCAUAUCACAGCCUCGGCAAGGACCCACCGGGCAGCCUUACCGCGUCCAGCCCAUUUGCGCCGCCCGCGAAGCUCCGAAAAGCCUCUCGCAGAACACAAGGCAAGAGCCCCUGUAAGAACUCGCACCAAGGGCGUGAAGAGCCUUCCCAGAACACAGCAAAGAACGAAAAGCAUGGGCUUCUCCGCCGCCCUCGCGCGCCAGAAGCUGAGAGACGCGAACAAGGCGACGCAGCAGGACGCCGCGGCCGACAAGGAGAUGCGGCCGGCCGUCACGCAUACGUCGCGCGCGCCCGCCUUCCUCCGGGAAGCGCUGCGCCGCGACCGCGACGCCCUGAGCCCGUCGCUGCGGCGGCGCCUGACCUGGCAGCAGGCAUUGUGUCUGGCGCCGCUCACCGAGCUGCCGCGGCUCAAGCAGUAG